AUGCAUUUUCUAUAUAGACGGAUCAACGAUCUCAAUCACUAUCUCCCCGAAACAAAUCGUUGGUUUGUCCUUUUGGCAUCGAUCCCAGUUGCCAUUUCCGCAGGAACGAUUUUCGUCUAUUCAAUCUAUGGAACUCAGUUAUCUGACAGAUGUCAUUUAGAAGCAUCGCAAUCAGCAAAUUUAAAUAUUAGUACUACUUUUGGUAGUGCCGUUGGAGCAAUAUUUGGUGGAUAUAUUACCGAUUUGUAUGGAACUCAGAUUCCAAUGUUAAUUAGUUGCAUUUGUCUUACUAUUGGAUAUCAGUUGUUGUAUUGGCAAUAUCAACUUGGAGAAACUAGUAAUGUUUGGAGUUUAAUCUUUGCCAUGUUUUUAGUCGGUGUUGGAUCGGUUUCGGGAUAUUUUAGUGCUAUUAAAGCCGUGACCGUAAACUUCCCCACUAGGAAGGCUACUGCUCAAAGUAUUACUAUUGCAUCAUUUGCUAUCUCAUCUUUAGUAUUUCUGAUUAUCGAUACGAAAAUAUACAAAGGUGAUGCAGGGGCAUUUCUUAAAUUCUUGACAUGGUUUAGUGGAUUGAUGAUCUCGAUCGGAUUUGUGUUUAUUCGAGUGGAAGGUCUUAUUGAUCUUCCUGAAAAGACAACCCAGGGCGGAGAACCUAAUGAGUCAACUUCGCUUCUCGCAGAUUCUGUCCUGCUUGAACUGGCAAGCGAGAUAUCAGAGAAAGGUACACUCAGGACCCAGGGUGUCAAAGAAACUUUCAUACAUCCAAUAUUUUGGUAUCAUUACUUUAUGUUUGCAAUACUUCAGGGGUUGGGUCAGAUGUAUAUCUUUUCCGUUGGGUUUAUUUUAAAAGCAUUACAUUACAGCUUUCAGAAUCGACUGGAAGAAGUUCCUUCAUUAGUUCACUUACAGGCAAUGCAUGUCUCUGUUAUUGCUAUUGCUUCCUUCUUAGGCAGAUUAAGUUCUGGACCUAUCUCCGACUAUUUGAUUAAUAGGCUCAAUAGUCAAAGACAUUGGGUGCUCAUUGUAGGAUUAACAUUGAUGCUUAUUGGACACCUUUUGAAUACUGUCAAUAUUACUAGUUGGCAAUUUCAUUCAGUUCAUUUGUAUAUGGUGGUUGUAUCAGGUAUAAUUGGCUAUUCAUAUGGAUUUAGUUUUGCUAGUUAUCCGGCUAUCAUUUCUGAUAUUUUCAAUUUAAAGCAUUAUUCCUUAAUUUGGGGUGCAACUUAUUCUGCAACCACCUUUGGACUUCUGUUAAUUACAAAGAUUUUUGGAUAUGUAUAUGAUCUGAAUUCAAAUAUUUGGGAUGGAGAGGAAUAUAUUUGUGGUAAAGGUGAAGGGUGUUAUAAGUUGACUUUCCAGAUUACUUCUGGGAUGUGCAUAUUUGUUAUAGUAUUGGUAGUUUUGUAUAUUAAUAGGGCAUACAAUAUCAAGCAACAUAGAUAG